AUGGCAGCUACAAUGGCUACAUCAAUGGCUAUCCUCAACCCCAAGAGCUUCACCAUCACAAACUCCAAAACCACCACAAACCCAUCAAAGCCCACCAAGCAAAUCCCCCUUAUCUCCCUCCAAAACCUACAAAAGGGCCUCUCCGUCGCCGCCGCGGCGCGCCCCGCCACCUCAAUCUCCGGGGCCGCCCUCGCCGGCGCCGUGUUCUCCGCCCUCUCCGCCGCGGAUCCCGCCCUCGCUGCCCAGCAGCUGGCGGAGAUCGCCGACGGCGACAGCCGCGGCGUCGCGCUCCUGAUCCCGCUUGUCCCCGCCGUGCUGUGGGUUCUCUACAACAUCCUCCAGCCGGCGCUGAACCAGAUCAACCGGAUGAGGAGCUCCAAGGGCGUGGCUAUCGGGCUCGGGCUGGGCGGGCUCGCCGCGUCGGGGUUCCUUCACCCGGCAGAGGCCUCGGCCGCCGUGGCGGAGGCGGCGGCGGACAACCGGGGUCAGCUUCUGCUGUUCGUGGUGGCGCCGGCGAUCGCGUGGGUGCUGUACAACAUCUUGCAGCCGGCGCUGAACCAGAUUAACAGGAUGAGGCCAUUGAAAACCCCAAACCCCAUAAAUAUCCUUACCAUUGAGUUCGAAUCAUUUUUAAUUAUGUACAUCUCUGAAAAACCCAAAUCGCCGCAAGAAUCAGCCGUUGAUUACUACGCCGCUUCAGCUGGCGGAAAGCAAGAAUCUCCCCACCAGAGCAACGGCAUGAUCAUCCAACUCAGCCCUCAACCCCACAUCGCCACCCCCACCGCCGGCGACGACAAUGCCGCUGCCCCCAUCUCCAACAAUCAAACCUCUGCCAACCCGACAUCUUCAUCGGGCCCCAAGAAACGGGCUGAGACCUGGGCCCAGGAGGAGACGCGGGCCCUCAUCUCUCUCCGCAAGGAGAUUGAUUUGCUGUUCAACACAUCCAAAUCGAACAAGCACUUGUGGGACAGUAUAUCUAUGAAGAUGAGGGGAAAAGGGUUUGAUAGAUCCCCAACGAUGUGUACGGAUAAGUGGAGGAAUUUGUUGAAGGAGUUUAAGAAAGCUAAACAGAGUAACCCAGAUGGGAGUGGUUGUGCUAAGAUGUGUUAUUACAAGGACAUUGAUGAGAUUAUGAGUGAGAGAAAUAAAAAUGGUCCGAGUUGGAAAAAUUCCGAGAUUUGUGGUGGGGGUGGGGGUUCUAAAGUGGAUUCCUUUAUGCAGUUUGCUGAUAAAGGUUUUCACUUUGUAGCCUCUUUGUUUUGGUUAAAUGUGUUUGCUAUGGUUUAUGGUAUUGAUGAUGCCAGUCUUCCAUUUGGACCUGUCGAAGCUAAUGGCAGAUCAACCCUUAACUUAGAAAGGCGUUUGGAUCACGAUGGUCACCCUCUUGCACUAACUGCUGCUGAUACUGUUGGAGGUAGCGGCGUUUCUCCAUGGAAUUGGAGGGAAACUCCGGGAAGUGCUGAACAGCCGAAUUCGUUCGGGAGGGUUAUAACCGUAAAAUUGGGUGAUUAUACAAAGAGAAUAGGGAUCGAUGCCGGUGCAGAUGCCAUCAAGGAAGCUAUCAAGUCUGCUUUCAGGCUUCGGACAAAACGAGCUUUUUGGUUGGAGGAUGAAGAAAAUAUUGUCCGCUCGCUCGACAGAGAUAUGCCCCUCGGAAAUUACACUCUUCAUGUUGAUGAAGGCUUGACUAUUAAAGUUUGCGUCUUUGAGGAGACAGAUCCCAUGCCCGUGCACACGGUGGAUAAAACCUUCUACACGGAGGAUGAUUUUCGUGAAUUCCUCAAUCGACGCAGAUGGACCUCUCUAAGAGAAUACAAUACUUUUCGUAAUAUCGACAGCUUGGAUGAGCUAUGCCCCGGGGCCAUAUACCGUGGAUUUGGAAGGAUCGGCCGAUUGGUGGCGAGGGUUGCUCUGCAAAGGGAUGAUGUGGAGCUUGUUGCUGUUAAUGAUCCGUUCAUCAGCACCGAUUACAUGACAUACAUGUUUAAGUAUGACAGUGUCCACGGCCCCUGGAAGCAUCACGAGCUGAAGGUGAAGGAUGAAAAGACCCUUCUUUUUGGUGAUAAACCUGUUACAGUUUUUGGCCAAAGGAACCCUGAGGAGAUCCCAUGGGCUGAAACUGGGGCUGAAUUUGUUGUGGAGUCUACUGGAGUCUUCACAGACAAGGACAAGGCUGCUGCUCACUUGAAGGUCAUUCAUGACAGGUUUGGCAUUGUUGAGGGCCUCAUGACCACUGUCCACUCUAUUACUGCCACUCAAAAAACUGUCGAUGGCCCAUCGAGCAAGGACUGGAGAGGUGGAAGGGCUGCCUCAUUCAACAUCAUCCCCAGCAGCACUGGUGCUGCCAAGGCUGUUGGAAAAGUGCUUCCGGCCCUCAACGGAAAAUUAACUGGGAUGGCUUUCCGAGUGCCCACAGUUGAUGUUUCCGUAGUUGACCUGACUGUUAGGCUGGAAAAAGAGGCCACUUAUGAGGAUAUAAAAGCUGCCAUCAAGUCGAGCAUUUUCGAUGCCAAGGCUGGAAUUGCAUUGAACAAGAAGUUUGCAAAGCUCGUGUCGUGGUAUGACAAUGAAUGGGGCUACAGUUCUCGUGUGAUCGAUCUUAUUGUCCACAUGGCUUCU